AUGACAAAAGAAGUACAAUCUUCGACUCUUAAAUUUGACGCUGUGAAUUUUGCCCCCCAGGUAUCAACCCAACGUCGUGGUCGACUGCCGAUUGAAAUUAAACAAGAACAGCUAUCAUUUCUUCUGGAAGAAGGAUUUAAAGUAUCCAGCAUCACACAACAUUUUUGUGGACCAACAUGCACCAUAGAGAGAAGAAUGGCUGCACACGGCCCUGUUGGUAUCAGGUAUGAAAUGUUCUUGCCGUGACAUUAAAAUGAGAAUUUCUGUCAUUUGGUAAUCAAGGUUGUUUUUUAACUAUGUUAUUACUGGUUUUCUGUAGUCACAAUAUCUAAAUCAUUGUGUAUUGGUUUUAGGCCCUUACAGUAACAUCAGUGAUGGCCAGCUCGACAAUCUAGUAAGAAAGGCCUAA